AUGCUCGCUUUCAGCCGUCUUGCCAGCUUCUUGCUCUUUGUUCUCUCUUUGAGCCUUUUGACAUGUGCGGCGCCCACUUCUAUGUCUAAUACUCUUGUUGCUCGCGAAGGAGUCCGUGGCAAGGGUGAUUUGGUCGUUGCCGCAUGCAUAGAUCUCCGCGCAAAGGCCUACACUAAGGCUGAAUCCAUUGUUAAAAUUGACGGUGCCCUCAAACUUGGAGUCGAGGUUGAAAGUCUCUGCAAGGAUAUCAACGCGUUUUCGGACGUCCUUGUCAAAGUAAAGACCGCAGACGUUGAUGCCAAGGUUAGGGCCGAAAUCGCGGCCCACCUCUUAGUUAUCCUUAAGGCCGUUAUCAAGAUCUGUGCUCAUUUGAUCGCCAAGCUCGACCUCAAGGUUGCACUCGAGUUGAUCGCCAAGGUGCAAGUUGCUCUCAAGCUUGUGAUCGAUAACCUCGAUAUCUGCGUUUCCGGCUUCCUCGAAGUUUUCGUCAAACUCGUUGCCGAGGCUGACUUGAGGCUUAUGGCCAACGUUCACCUUGACGUUAUCCUUAACCUCUUUGUGUCCAUCCGCGCUAAACUUGGUCUUAAGGCCGUUGCUGGCCUCGCAGGAGCUGUCUCUCUGUAG